UCCGGGUAUUGAAAGUGCACUUCAGUCACGACGUACAAUGUGGGCACACUUAUGUACUGAAACUGUUCAGCGUAAGUACGGAAGUGCGCGAAUUGAGAUCCAGCCCCAGAAUUUGGAUACAACUCGAGCGUGCUAAACGUCGAAGCGCCAUGGCUCGCGGGCAGCAGAAGAUUCAGUCCCAGCAGAAGAACGCCAAGAAGGCCGCUGAGAAGAAGAAAUCUCAGGGCGCCGACCAGAAGACGGCGGCCAAGGUGGCGCUGGUCCACACGUGUCCGGUCUGCAGGACACAGAUGCCUGAUCCAAAGACGUUCAAGCAGCACUUUGAGAGCAAACACCCCAAGUCCCCGAUGCCCCCCGAGCUGGCUGACGUUCAGGCUUGACAGAGUCCAGACAAAGUACUACUUGGACUAAAAUGCUGACUCAUGGACCAUGAAGCACUUCAUAGUACGCACUUGGAAGUAUACACUUUGUGGACCAUGAAAGACAUUGGGACCUGGCAAGUUAAGGACAUUGGCCAAAGUGUGUGUGUGUGUGUGUGUGUGUAAGCAAGGGUAAGAACAGCCCAUGUAAAAAAGAAAGAAAGAUAUUUAUUGCAUAAAGCAACUUGCUGUGCUUGCUGAAUGAAGAGUUCCUACUCCUCCUGAUCACAAGAUGAAGUGUGUUGGUUGUUCCAGGCGCUCCAUCCUGUAAUUGGACAGUUAGUCUUUGCUGAGAGGUGACACUUGGAAACCACUAAACGGCUCUGCUGCCGCUCCUCAGUCAGUCAGCGGGAUGCCACAAGGGUACCUCAAGUCACUGUGGUCCUCCUUGGACGCACGUCCUUACAUCAACGCAAUAAGUUUACCUUUCACUCUUCUUCUCGCUGACACUCAUCAGCCACAACGAGUAUUAAUGACCUUCAUUACUUUCCAUUUCAUUUCUUGCAGCUGAUGACUUCAACAACACACAAACAUACCAAAAGUUACUUUAGAUGUACCUUUCUUUGUAAACAUUUCAAUAAAUCCAACUUUGUAUGUCACGUGACCAGUCUUCAUGUUUGUAUGCCUUUUUAAAUGACUAUUUAGCUUACAGAGUAUACACAAUUGUGUAAAGUGGCUUGUCGUAAAAAUAAAAGCAGCAUGUCGGAAAAGGAAA